CAGGAGUCGGUGACCGCUGCAGCUGCUGCCCAGAUCAGCUGUCACAGCUGUCACAGCUGCAACAGCUGGCACGGCUGUCACAGCUGCCUGAAUCAGCUGGUGCAGUCAGCGGCCGGCAACCGGCAUGGAUAACCAUACCCCCUAUCAGGGAAGGACGGCUAUUGAAACGGUGUCGGGAAGAUGUGACGUUGAAGCAGGAGACAGACUACCUUCAAUAUUGGAGUUGGAGCGUCCCCCCAAGAAAAAGAAAUCAUGUUACUCAAGAUGCUUUCCACCUACGGCCAAGUUUAUCCAGUCGAUGUGUUCGUCUCACUCGAAGGUGCACGGUCGUGACAGCGAACCGCCGACCGCCAUCUUUGCUACGAAGGUGAAGCGGAAAAGGAGCCUCUCGGAGUCCUCCGCCUCCAAUUGGGGCUCCCUCUUCGCCUGUGACCCCACCACCCCUCUCUACUAUAAGUGGCUGGCUGUAGUGACGUGUGCGAUAAUCUACAACCUGAUAUUUGUGAUCGGACGUUCGGUGUUCUGGGAGCUGAACAACGCAGUGCCUGUUAUUUGGUUUAUAUUCGAUUAUUCCUGCGACACUAUUUACGUUAUAGAUACGCUCAUUCAUGCUCACGAAGGCUACCUGGACCAAGGCAUAAUGAUCCAGGACCCGAAGCUGCUACGCGGCAACUACCUGGCCUCCUGGUGCUGGGUGUACGACGUGGCCUCCAUCCUUCCGACGGAUGCCGUCUACUGGUGGUGGCCGCCGGACUACUGCAACGCCAAGCGGGUGCCCUGUCCCGUCCUGGCGCGAGUCAACCGGCUCAUGCGCUUCCCAAGGAUGCUGGAGUUCUUCGACCGCACCGAGACCAGUACUGGGUUUCCCAACACCUUCCGUAUCACUAAGGUUGUGUUCGCUAUAAUAGUGCUGAUCCAUUGGAACGCUUGCUUCUACUUCCUGAUCAGCUACGCGAUUGGGUUUGGAUCGGACAAUUGGGUGUACAACCUCAACGGGGAGAAGAACACCACACUCACCAGGCAAUACAUCUACAGCUUCUACUGGUCUACGCUCACGCUCACCACUAUUGGCGAAACACCACAACCAGAGAACGACGCCGAAUACAUAUUCGUGGUGGUGGACUUUCUGGCCGGCGUGCUGAUCUUCGCCAGCAUAGUGGGGAACAUCGGCAACAUGAUCUCCAACAUGAACGUGGCUCGCAUGGAGUUCCAGAACAAGAUGGACGGCGUCAAGCAGUACAUGAACUUCCGGAGGGUGUCCAAGGAGCUCGAGGCUAGAGUCAUCAGGUGGUUCGCUUACACGUGGGCUAAUAAACAGGCCCUCCACGAGGAACGAGUUCUAGCGACUCUUCCAGACAAGCUGAAAGCAGAGAUCGCCAUUCACGUCCAUCUGAAAACGCUGAAGCAAGUCAGGAUAUUCCAGGACUGCGAGCCGGGACUACUUCAGGAGUUGGUGCUCAAGUUGAGAUUACAGGUGUUCAGCCCAGGCGACUAUAUAUGUCGGAAGGGCGACGUGGGCCGCGAGAUGUACAUAGUGAAGCGUGGCAAACUGUCGGUGGUGGCAGAUGAUGACGAGUCAGUGUUGGCGACUCUCGGCCCCGGGUCCGUCUUCGGAGAGAUCAGUGUCCUCGACAUAGCCGGCAACCGGACGGGCAACCGGCGAACUGCCAAUGUCAGGUCGGUAGGAUACUCGGACCUGUUCUGCCUGUCUAAGAGUGAUCUAUGGGAGGCGCUGUCUGACUACCCGGAUGCCAAACACAGCCUAAUAGAACGCGGCUGUCAGCUGCUCAGGAAGGACGGUCUACUCGACGAACAGGUAUUCGUCAACGCACAGGCCGAGAACGAAAACGUCAGGGACAAAAUGCAAAAACUAGAAAAAUCGUUGGAAAGCCUGCAAAGGAGAUUCACCAAACUGAUGACUGAAUAUCUGAGUCAUCAUUCCAUCAUAUUUCAACGGUUGCACAAACUGGAGAAGAAGGAAUGCAAAAGGAUGCAGAAGAACAUCCUGAGACAACAGCUCAACUUGAAAUCAGGACGAUCCUCAGAUGAUGAGGAAGAUGAAGAAGAGGACGGAGUCGAAGAAGAAGAGGAGGAGGAGAACGGAGAGCAGGAUGAAGAAGACGAAGAUGAGGAGGACGAAGAAGAAGAAAAGGACAGUGAUAACAAAAAUGGUGCAGUGUUCACGGAGACAGUAACUGUGGAACGGAACUCAUCGGCGUUUAUUAGAAACCGAUUUGCUAACACUAGCAUAAGACGGCCUGUCAGUAAAUCCUUUAGACGUGCUCUAUCUCAACGAUGUAGGAAACGAAUAACCAGGAGAAAAUCUCUCUAAUUAGGUUUUAUACAAUACAUACACACUAUUUUAAACGUUGGUUCGGUGAAGAAUGUACUACGUUGAAUAUAUGACGAUAUGUGUGAAUGUGAUUGGAGAUAUAAGUAGAUAACAAUAAUAUUUUUUUUUGGUUUUUCCAAUAUUGUAUUUCUCAAGGCUACUUGCUUUGUUAGUAAAAAAAUAAUAAAAUAGUACCCUUUUUUGAAAAAUGGAUUGAACAUCCGAGACUAGUUGCUUUUUUAAUUUAUAUUGAAAUUGUAAAGAAAUAGAUCAUAUCUAAAGAAAUCUAAAAGAAAUAGAUGAGUAUUAAAAAUGUUUUAAAAAAGGGUACUAUGGUAUUGAUUUUUCCAUUGAUAAUUCUCUAUUCAGUAAUUAUUUGUUUAUACUCUAAGUUGCACAGCUAAGAUAAAUAAUUCCUUUAUUUUAUUGUGAUUUUAAUAUUGAAUGUCAGAUCAAGCACGAUUAUGGUUGAUGUGAUAAGAAAUUGAAUUAUUUUUUAUAAAUUAUCUUAAAGUACUAUUGAUUUCCAUUAUAAGUGUUGAUUGAAGUUUUUAUGUUCAGGUGAUAUUGUUAAGCCUUUCUAGGUAAUCUCAUUUUAAUUUAAUAUACUGAUAUAAAUAUAAUUCACCCACAUUAUUCUACAACAAUAUCAAGUACGGUGGGAUCUAAUCAAGAAUAGGCCUAAUGAAAAUGUAUUAAUUUCAGUUUCAUGAUUAUAGUUUUUCAAUUUAGUUUAUUAUUUUUUCACUUAUUUUUUGCCUAUUUGAGUCCUAGACUGGCGCAUGAAUGAUAUGAGAUAUCAUUGAAAAAGAUGAGAGAACAAACAUUUUUAAGUGGGUUCCGAAACACAAAAAGGAAUAAGUUAGCUUAUAACAGCUAUCGGCUAGUGGAGCUGGCCUAAAGCUCAAUAUUAAUCUGGAUGAUUAGAUAUGGCUCUGAAUGUGGUAUCAACCCCACAAUACAUUAUUGUCAUAUUUUAUAAUAUUUUUCAUCCUGCAUUUUAUUCUCUAGGAAUGCUUUUCCGAAAAGAAUUGAAUAUUUUAAUCUUACUCAGACGAGAU